UUAGACUCAAGCCCUCAACAGCAAAGUGUCAUUGCAUUGUUGCAGUGCAGAUGUAUUAGGACACAGUAGUUAGCCUUCCUCUAUUAUUCACUAGUAAUGACUCCAGUGUAGCUCUGUCUCCUUUAAAGGGAAUGGAUAUAUAUCACUUUAAGAACUGAAAUAAAGUUUUUUUUCCUGGACUGCUAUCAUGGGGAAUAUAAUAAAAGGCCAAGUAGCUGAGAAUCACACUGCGGCCAACCACAUUGAGGCCUCAUUAAAAGCCACAGAUGAUGAGAUUUUGGUAGUAAUUUCUGACUACCCGUGCCGAGACAUAAGUGAGCCGAUGUUUAGGAUGGGAGAGAAACUGAAGCUUCUGGCUCAGGAAGCCUGCUGGUGGAAAGUCCGCUCUUUGCAAAAUGGAACUGAGAACUACAUCCCUAAUAAUCAUGUGGCAAAGGUCUAUCACGGAUGGCUAUUUGAAGGAGUGGGGAGGCAAAAAGCAGAGGAGCUGCUACUUUUACCCGGCAACACGGUCGGCUCUUUUCUCAUCAGAGAAAGUCCAAGCCAACGAGGUGUGUAUUCUCUGUCUGUGAGACACAGAGCCAUUAAGCAUUACAAAAUCUUCCGUCUGGACAACAGCUGGUACUACAUCUCUCCUCGUCUCACCUUCCAGUGCCUAGAGGACAUGGUCAAUCACUACUCGGACUCUUCAGAUGGCAUCUGCUGCAUUCUCUCAGCCCCAUGUCUGGCUCUUAACAGCACUGCCCCAAGUUCAAUCUCACAAGCGCCCCCUGUGGUGAUGCGCCGUAACUUCAACUGGCGAAAAGUGAACAGUUCUCAGUUGCUGGAAAGUGAUGAUCAGAGCAAUGUGGACAGUAGGGGCAACUUGGUGAGCUAUGGAGUGAGAAGCAGCAUCGCUGCCUAUCUGUCCAUUGCUGAGGAACAAGAAAGAAAAAGCAGACGGAACAAGAAGGGCUGGACAGUCUAUGGGAUGCCUGACAGCACUAAUAUGAUGAGAGAAAACACAGAUUAGGACAUGAGCAGAUAUUUUUUUUCUAUUUACCAGUGCAUGGAAAUACAGCUAAAGGAACUGGUGGAUUUUUAUUCAGACAAUAUGAGCAAUAGACAUUCUGUGACUCUGAGCCUUUCAGAUGAUCAUUGACCUUUUGUACUGAGUUGAAACAAAGGUGAUAAUUGAAUGUCAUGGACUUUAUUUCAGUGGCACUUUAUUUGAGAUGGGAGGCACAGAAACAGUUUACAAAUACAAAUUUUGUCCUAAAUCCCUAAAUGCUUUGAAUGAAUGGACAAACCUUUUGAAGAAGAGGGGUUUUUUCCCCCCCUGUUUACCCAGUGAUUAAGGUUUUUGUGCUGAAUUGCAGUGGAGGAACAUACUGAGCCUCUAUCCAGAAAAAAACCAGCAUAAACAGUGUGCUAAGCACUUCUUAGCUUGCCUUGGCUUAUUGCCUGAUGUUGUAAAACCUAAUGGGGUGUUGAUUAAACACAUUUAUUUGUGUGUUAUACCUGAGAAAUAACUUCUGAUUACUUCAGUUUUAUUCUCUUCCAAUAUUUCUAAUAUGUUUCCAAUAUUUCUAAUAAUUUCUGUUUUACCUUUAUUUUUUUUUACAAGGUCUAAAGGAGCUGCUGGAGAUUGUAUGUAAUAUUUGUAUAUAAAGUUAAAUAGUUUAAUACAACAUGUUUUUAAUGACGUUUCUCUACACAUCUAAAAGUUAUUUACGAGUUCUUUGCAAGGUCAGGAUUCGUAGUUUCUUAAAGGGUUUCUACAUGGAACCUUCCUGAAAAGUAAAUGCUCUGUUGUAGUGAUCUAUAGUACUGUGUAAAGGUUUUAGGCACACGAAAAGAACUUUUAAGGAAAUCGACCAGUACAUUGUUUUUGGAGAACCUUCCUCCA